CAUGAUGAUAAGCGUUACUUUGUUCAGUGACGCAUUAUUGCUGUUCAGACUUUACAGUUGUUGUUGUUACGUCAUCACCCGGCGUCCAUUAAACCAGUAAAUAGUUCAACACCUCGGCUGUCGCAAUGGAAUCAAACAAGGACGAAGCUGAACGCUGCAUCGAAAUUUCUAUCGCGGCGCUUAGAAAUAAUCAACCCGACAAAGCACGGAGAUUCCUUGAAAAGGCUCAGAAAUUAUUCCCGACCGAUAAGGCCAAAAAUUUGUUAGAGUCUAUAGCUCAAAACGGGAAGCCGCACGACGGUGCUGAUAACUGUGAAGACAGCAGUGAUUCUGGAAUUAGACAAAGGAGCCAGAAUGCUGAAGAUCACACUCCAAAAGAGAGCACCGCAGAGUCAGCAAAGUCCUACACUCCAGACCAGCUGGACGCUGUCAAGAGGAUAAAAAGGUGUAAGGACUAUUACGAGAUUCUUGGAGUCGGCAAAGAUGCUUCAGAUGAGGACCUGAAAAAAGCCUACAGAAAACUGGCUUUGAAAUUCCACCCCGACAAAAACCAUGCUCCAGGGGCCACAGAGGCCUUUAAAGCCAUUGGGAAUGCCUACGCUAUCCUCAGCAAUCCUGACAAGCGAAAGCAGUACGAUUUGUACGGAGAAGAAAAAGUCCAUCCCUCCAGGCAUGGCCACGCCCAUCGGGAGUUUGAGGCAGACAUCUGUCCUGAGGAUCUUUUCAAUAUGUUCUUUGGUGGUGGCUUCCCAACAGGUAACGUGCAUGUUUAUAGUAAUGGCAGGAUGAGGUAUGGCCAUCAACAGAGACAUGAACGGAGAGAACAACAGAGAGAUGGAGGCCUUGCCCUGUUUGUCCAGUUGAUGCCUGUUCUUAUCUUGCUCAUAGUCUCAGCCCUCAGUCAGAUGAUGGUUUCCAGCCCCCCCUACAGUCUCAGCCUGAGACCAUCAACAGGCCACACGAACAGGAGACAGACUGCUAAUCUGAAGGUGCCUUAUUACGUGGGGGACCGCUUCUUAGAGGAAUAUACCGGAAUGGAUCUAAAGAACGUGGAGAGGAGUGUGGAGGAGGACUACAUCUCAAACCUUAGAAACAACUGCUGGAAAGAGAAACAACAGAAGGAAGGCUUGCUGUAUCGGGCUCGAUAUUUUGGAGACUCUGACCUAUACCAGAGGGCUCAGAAAAUGGGCACUCCCAGCUGUUCAAAGCUCUCAGACAUCCAGGUUCUUUUACACGGAUAGGAACAUCCGACGCAUCCGGGGGAAAAAAAAACAA